AUGGGUCGAACAGCUCGCCUUUACCCAACACAUCUUUGUCUCUGGUCAAUCCUUAGAUCAAACAUAGUCAUCUAUUCGAAACAUUUCCUCGGUGUCCACCUUGCCGCCCGCAUCGUCAAAACUGCGACGAACCACGAUGCCUUGAACUGCUUCUCAUGCCAUCAGCUGGGUGACUGUCUUCAAUCAUCCUUUCACUCCCUUCUACGCGAAGUCGAUCAUCGAUGCCGAAGGCCAGGAGGAAUAUAG